UUUCUGCUGGCUGGAGCAUAAAGUUGGGAAAGAAAAUUCUGCAAACUUGUACUGCUCCAUUAAUUCUACUUGCAUAUCUGAGGAGGAUCAUCACCAUUCUGUCCAGCCUCCGAACUUGUGCCUCCGUAAUGAGUCACACGCAAAGAGGGAGAGGAGUGUUGCAGCCCAUUGGACGAAACCCACAUCCAGAACCAGUAGGUUGGACUUUGAGAGACGAUCCUAAAGUGGACUCUGAUGAUUCCAUUCAACCCCCAGAUGAGUUACAUCCAUCAUUUUUGCAUCCCUCUACUACUCCUGCAGGGGUGAAUACAGCAGUGAAUACAACAGGCAAUGAAGCAAACACUAGUAAACGUGGAAAAGGUGUAGCCAAAGGUACAGAGUUUGAUCGGAUGCGGAAAUAUGGCAAGAUACCACUUGAAAUCAAAGAUGGGAAGAUAGGUCCAUCAUGUAACAAUAGGACAGUAUACACAACUCGAGUGACAUGGACCAUUAAGCACUAUGCAGAAAUGAGACAUGUUAGCUGGAGUGUUGUCGAUGCGAAGGAGAAAGAGGAGCUGUCUGAACGUGUUCAAGUAUGGCUCUGA